AGCUUUUUUUUCCCUCGUUAAAGACGAGCUCGGGGGCACGACGACGACGACUCCACUCCACCGGCCGCGGAGGGCGGGAGCCCACCACCACGACUGAUCCACGCCGGCGGCUGCGGGUUGCGUGGAGGGCGAGGUAGCGGGGCAGGCGCGCGCGCGGAGGAGGAGGAGGAGUGAGGGGUGUGGAAAUGCGGGUUCUUGGCGCGGCGGGGCGGCGGUGAGUUUGGUUUGGUUUGGUUUGGUCUGCCUUGGGUUGGGCGGCGGCGGCUAGCGAGACGAAGGCGAUGGGCUGCUUCCCGUGCUUCGAUUCGAGGCUGGAGGAGGAGGAGGAGGUGUGCUACCGGAAGGGGGCGGGAGGUGGCGGCAAUGGGGCGGCGGCGUCGUCCUCCGGCGUCGGUGGCGGCGGCGGCGGCGGCGGAGGAGGAGGAGGAGGAGGUGGAGGUGGUGGUGGUGGUGGCGGCUGGGAGGGGACUUCCACGGCGGCGCCGCGCGUCGAGAGGAUCUCCGCCGCCGCAGGGGCCUGCAGAUCAGGGAAAGGCAAUGCCACCGUGAAGGAGCUCUCAGCUCUCAAGGACGCCAAUGGCAAUGUCAUCUCCGCGCAGACGUUCACCUUCCGCCAGCUCGCCGCCGCGACGAGGAACUUCAGGGAGGAGUGCUUCAUCGGGGAAGGAGGGUUUGGACGCGUUUACAAGGGACGCCUGGACGGCACUGGCCAGGUUGUUGCUAUAAAACAGCUCAAUAGGGAUGGUACUCAAGGGAACAAAGAAUUUCUAGUGGAAGUUCUGAUGCUCAGUUUGCUGCAUCAUCAGAACCUUGUUAACUUGGUUGGCUAUUGUGCUGAUGGAGAUCAACGCCUUCUUGUGUACGAGUACAUGCCCCUUGGAUCAUUGGAGGAUCAUUUGCAUGAUCUCCCUCCUGAUAAGGUUCCCUUGGAUUGGAACACUAGGAUGAAAAUCGCUGCAGGUGCAGCUAAAGGUCUGGAGUACCUUCAUGACAAGGCUCAACCACCAGUUAUAUAUAGGGACUUCAAGUCAUCAAAUAUUCUAUUGGGCGAGGGUUUCCAUCCAAAGCUAUCAGACUUUGGUCUUGCAAAAUUGGGCCCUGUUGGUGACAAGUCUCAUGUCUCUACACGUGUGAUGGGAACAUAUGGAUAUUGUGCUCCAGAAUAUGCUAUGACAGGACAGCUUACAGUUAAAUCGGAUGUUUAUAGCUUCGGAGUAGUCCUGCUUGAGUUGAUUACUGGCCGGAAGGCCAUCGACAGUACCAGACCAAAUGUAGAACAAAACCUCGUCUCAUGGGCGCGGCCUCUUUUCAACGACAGGCGGAAGCUCCCAAAGAUGGCUGACCCAGGGCUGGAGGGACGAUAUCCGAUGCGCGGCCUUUACCAAGCGCUUGCAGUGGCAUCAAUGUGCAUUCAGUCGGAGGCUGCGUCCCGCCCGCUCAUCGCCGAUGUCGUGACCGCCCUCUCCUACCUGGCAUCCCAGAAGUACGAUCCCAACGCGACGCCAUCCUCAAAGAAGGUUGGAGGAGGUGGUGGCGGUUGCGAGGGCGGCAGGGCGGCGCUGUCCAGGAACGACGAGGCGGGCAGCUCUGGCCACAAGUCGCCGUCAAGCAAGGACUCCCCCAGGGGGCCGGGGCCAGGGCCAGGGCCGCUCCCGGGGAUCCUCAACGACAGGGAGAGGAUGGUGGCGGAGGCGAGGAUGUGGGGCGAGAACUGGCGGGAGAAGAGGCGCGCCGCCACCACCGGCAACAGCAGCAGCGCCCAGGGGAGCCUGGACUCCCCUACCGAAACCGGCUAAAGCUGGGACACCAUACCCACAAGAAGAAGCAGUGCCAUCAUGGAUCGGCAUUGUUGCUGGUGAGUUCAUCAUUUCGUGGUAUGAUUUGGGUUAGAGCUGAAAACGAACUGGGUGGUGGUUUCUUUCGUUUUCGUUUUUGAUUACCGAUGGAUGGUGUUAGGAUGUAAAUUUGUAGCGGUGAAAACAACAGGAAGGAGGGGUGGAGAAGAGAGGGGAAGAAUUUGGGUGCUCUGUACUGGAAUGUCAUUGUGCCUGUAAAUUCUCGGAAAAAUUUUGCAUCAACGAAGAACAAAUUUGGACACGAGUUUGCUGAACUGUACUGGUGGUAGAGCUGAUACAGAUGUUGUCGGUGAGUUUCGCUCUGGCUAAUGUCGUCGUCGUCAGUCAGUCAGUCAGUCAGUCAUUCAGUCAGAAGCCCUUGCCGCGGCAGUAGGUCCGGCGGCUGCGCUCGCCGGUGUCCUCGUCGGCGGUGGUGAAGAGGAAGCUGAGCACCGUCAGGACAGUGGCAGGCACAUGGUUGAGAGGUUUGGUAUUCGAAACGGUAAGAGGUCGGGUAUUCGAAAAGUUAAGGACUAAGAAAUUUUUUUAUAUCUAAAAUUUCAAUAAUUGGCUUGUAUAAUAUCGAACACUUAACGAUUAUAUGAUAACUAUAUAUCAUACAUAACAAAAAUUA